CCAAACGUCAUUUAACAAAAAAAAACCACACAAAAUUCGUUAGUGUUCUGUGGCGGUGAACAACUUUUUAAUUUCCAACAAAAAUUUAUUAUCGUCCUUUUCUUGUGUACUUUUUUUUACUGUACCAAAAUGAUUCAAUUAAAAUCAAUUUAUGUGACUGUGGGCACAACCAAAUUCGACGCUCUAAUUGAAAAGAUAUUUUCCGAUGAUAUACUGCUAUUAUUACGGAGAAGAGGAUGCAAAAAAAUUACUGUACAGUAUGGAACCGGUAAAGCUCCACCGGUAAACAAAGCCCAAAAUUACGGAAUAGCGGUAGAAAUCUAUCAAUUUAAAUUCGGACCAGAGCGAACAGAUAUUAUAAAUUCGGACCUGACGAUUGGACACGCCGGCGCUGGAACUUGUAUGGACAUUUUGAAGAACAAAAAGCCCGGCUUGGUGGUGGUAAAUGACACUCUAAUGGAUAACCACCAAGUUGAAUUAGCCGAACAAUUGGCCAAAGAUAGUUAUAUUUUUCAAUGUAAUUUAAGUUCUCUGGAAAAGAGUCUCAAAGUGCUGGACUUUGAGACUUUGGUGCCAUACGAGAAGGGACGAGGAAUGCCGGCGUUUAUUUCGCAUUUGAGAGAAAUGAUGAGAACAUGACUCGUCCAAAGUCAAUGAUUUUAUAAACCACAAAAAAAAAAGGUUUAUAAAGACAAAAUAAAAACAUUCAAUUGACAAUUCCA